AUGCCCAAGUCUACUUCAGCGCAAAUGAAUUUCCAGACUUCGAUGUUGUUUCUGCUGUUUUCUACUUUAGGUAAGUCUCAAAAAAAGUUUGUUAGCAGAAAUACCUUUUUAAACUUGAGGUAUUCACAGAAACUGACAGAUUCGCUCAAAGAAUUUUUCGAAAAAAAAAAAAAAGAUGAAAAAAAUUACCGCGGUAUAUCUCAUAAAGAAAUUGAAAACGACACAAGCCUCGAUUCAAUGUUGCAGGUAAUAUUUAUGUAAGAUUCAGUAAGCUUCAGAAUUUCUGACUUUUGACAAUGCUGGGUCGGAAUAUAGAGAUACCCUUCUAAAUUUUAGGAAUCCUUUUUUUGGGUGUUGGAAAGGUCAUUUCCUAUUAGUUCCAUCAUGAAACCCGCUCCAAGAUUGUUAUAAUUCGAUCUUAGGAUAAAGUACAAUACUGAAUGAUAUUCAAAGAUUUCAAUUUAGCUUAGUUCUUGGUUUAAAGAACUCGCGAUGAGAAGUAAUAUUUGCAAAUACAACAAAGUUACUAUUUAAUUCUAACUUUUAAAAGGGGGACCUCGUUGAUUCAAUCUCCUAACUGGUUUUUUUCGAGUGGCAAAAUCUCGAGAAUCAUUACCAGAGAAAAGUAAAGAAUCUAUAUUUGUUUGUAAAGAGGUUGCUGAAUUCAAAAUUGAAAAAGAACUUUUCAAAAUUAUUCAUGAAAAAGACGCUGUCGCCAUGUGGUUUCUGAGGUUCAGCUCAGCUCCACAAAAAAUUAUUCGUAAUUAUUUUGUGGGGACGAAACCUGAUUGAGCUGUGCAUGGCAAAUGAGGAUUAAAUAGCAAAACUCCUUUUGAUAUUUGAUAUUUGCUGAUAGAAAGGGAAUCUUUUCUAGGUUUUAAACCGAAAUAUAGUCCUAGAAUCUAUGUAGCGACAGUUUAAAUCCGAACUAGUUGUAUCCCGACUAGAAAUUUCCAGAACUUUGAUACUCACCUUACUGGAGCAUAUAACAAUAAAAAUUGACAUCCUUAUCGCGUUUAAUUAAAACAUCAUGAAAAUUUAAUGAAUACAAAAGGGUUCCUUUUUCUCCUGGGUGCAAUUUCCCGAAAGAACUACAACCACUUGCAAAAGUAGUUCAGGCAUAUUACUGAGACAAGAGAAAAAUUUUAAUGUAUCACCUACCCUCUAUUGUUUGAUCCAACACCAAAUUCUCAGAGCUAAAAUUACGAGAAAUGUAUGGCUGGUGAUGAGGAGAAUUGGUAUCUCUCUCUAAUUUGCGUUCUUGUUCUCUGUGUCAGUUUUUCAAAUGAUGGUUCAAAUAACUGAUGGCGAUAUCGGCUCUUGCAGUCUCCACAUGUAUUUUUAUGAAACCCGGAGCAGUUGUGAGACUCCUUUUUAUCGGAGACUUCAGCUUGGUCACACAGCUAACUGCAGGUGCGAGAGGCAUGUUACUUCUGACAAUAAGUGUUAUUCAAAGAGAGCCUUCUCUCCGAUUCUAGACUAAAGUUUAAAUCACCUACUCCUUGUCGCAAAAGGGAUGUCCCUUUAUGAAAAAUAUUGAGGAGCUUGACUGUCUAAAGUUCGAAACGAUGCCCCCUAAGUGAUGUGCUGAGAGGGCCCUCUGAGAGACUAAAGUUUACAUCACCGCUUUCCCUCCCCCAGCCUUUCCCAAGAAAAGGGCUACCACAUGGAAAAUAUUGGGUAGUUCGUCGGAGGUUUGUUUUAAUAUCCUUAAGUAAUGUCGUAGAGUCUCGUAAAACAAUCCGUUCGCUUGCCCUAGGAGGGCCUAAAGUUUAUAUCACCUAUGUCAGCUCCCCCCCAUGCCCCCCAGCCUGUCCUGAUCGAGCUAGGAGGAGUCUCCCAUUUGAAAAUUAUCGGAAGGCAUAUCAGAAGUUUGAAUUAAUCUUCUGAGCGUAGCUAAAGUCUCAUUUGAUUUUUUUAAAGAUAAAAAACGAUGAGUCAAAUAUAACCGUAUCGUCCCAAACACUCGUCUUUGGAGACAGCCGAGCAUCACUCAGAUUUCCAUGCGAUAGUGCUCCCCGACUCAUCUCGGCUAUCUACCCGUCUAGUUUCAUUUUAAAAAAAUCAGUGUAUCGAUCUUCAUAAAUAAAGAGACUGAGGAAAAGGCUGAAUCAAUUUUUAAUUUCUCUUGACAGUGAUAGUUUUGAAAGUCUCAUUAGUUGCAUCAAGAACGUCACUCGCGUUUGUGAACACAGUUGGCGAAGCGAUAAAUGGAUAGACAUGGACGUCAGAUUGAAAUUCAGGAAGCAGUUUUAUUGUCAUGAUGGGGCUUUGAUUCUUCCCAUGGCUUUGUGUGGGAGCGGUUACUACAGAAAAGGUCCGAAAUGCUUGCGAGAGUUCCAUAGGAAGUUUCGAAACGACACCAGUGACCCGUCGCUGUGCGAGUAAGUGGCUUUUAAGGAGACACUUCUGGGGGCCGAUCGAGCCUUAACGUUUCUUUGAUGGGUUGAAUUUAUACCGAUCAUUGUCUGUUGAGGAGGAGAUGGUGCUGUCACGAGAGCGCGCUAUGACCCGCUCGUCUCGAGGGAGUGAGUACUCCUUAGAAAGGCCCAUACUAGAAGGCUCCGCCCAAAUAAGGUCCUUUUCAAGGUUUAGGGAUGUAUAGUUUGAUAGAGAAACAUUUCCCAUCAAAACUUGUAUAUACCAGGGGAAGGAAUUUAACCUGCGGGUAAGGAACCUCCCAUGUGAAACUCUUACAAGUCCCGAUCCCCCUACCCCCCCCCUCUUGUCCCUCUCUGUCCGAUUGCGGUCCUGAGGCACUUUCUCGAAGGUCCUGGUAACUUAGUGGACCCGUAAAGCUGUUCUGUUUAUUUUUUAUUAAGUUUUGAGAACUAUACAAUUAAAAUAUCAGCUAAAGAAACAAAAUGGACUGGUCUAGGUGCCAGAGCCUGUUUCUUUAUUCUUUAAAUUUUGCUUUUCAAAUAUGGCUUUAGGCCCGUUCCGGUUAUUAAGAAUUUCAAGAAACUGGCCCGGGUCAAGUAUUUCGCACUUUUCCCAAAAACAUUUUUUAAAGUUUUUUAUCUAUUUGCAUUAAUCUUUAGCCCUUCAGGCAAGAGCAAAAAUUUCCAAUGUUUUUUCAGUAUUAUUUUUGGAUGAAUGCCUUUAUUUAAAAUAAAAAUAAACCUCAGGGUAGCCCCGUCAGAGGCCCUAAAGAGCCACCUUCUAUCAAUGGGAGCCCUGCCCUAUUUUUUACUUUAAAUAAAAGACUUGAGUUCUAUUAACAUUCCAUUUCUAAUAUUGCAGCGAGUACUCAAAGGCAAAGGAUUGUAUAAAUAAUCUUUUAAACAUUGAAUGUCCUGCUAAGAAAGGCUCAGAAUCACCUCUCAUGAAGAUAUUAUUUGACGGCUACAAUCCCUUCUGCCCUAACAGAGUUUACUAUCCUCCGACUACAGUUACAGCACCCACACGCAGAACUCAGCAGAAAUCUGAAAAGGUACCGGGACCUACGAUCAAACCGGUCCUUAGCAGAAAAAAAAUUUCUUCCAGCGGUGCGUGCUGCAAUAAACUGUAUUCUGAGCUACAUCUACUGAUUCUAAUUCUCCUUGUGGAGAAAUUUUCAGUUCAGUGUCGAUAG